UCUCCUUCGACGCACACCGGCAGCUCGGCUCCUCCACAGCAAGCUCCGAUCAUGACAGAGUGACUACUUCCAAGUUUCUCUCUCACUCACCUCUCCCCUCGUUCAACGCGCAGCUGAACUUCCACUCGCUGGCCCUGUCAAACAGAUUUGUCGCCCUUAGCCGUGCGCUUUGGGUAGGAACUUUGGAGGGGGGGUGCAUCUUAUCUGGCGCGGUCCUCUCCAAGCGGAUUCGAGGAAAACUCUGUUCGUUUAGCGCCGAAGAACUACAUGGCUGUUUGGUUUUGGACAGCGAUGGAUGGAGGAGGCUGAACUUAAAAAGAAAAGAGAGACACAGACGCACACAGGCACGCAGGACAUCUCAAAGACACGCAAAGAAGUGCCGAUGAUAAAGUCACCGAGUAGUCUGUGAUCCUGAGCCUGUCUUCUUACAGGUGCAUCAGCGACAAUUGGACUGUGUAUUUGGACUUAACCUGCCGGAUCCAUCUGACCGACUCAGACACCCCGUUUUGUCCAGCAUUUCAAAGAAACCAAGUAGGGCAGCUUCGCCUCUGGAAGGAUAAUAUUACAUUUCAUUUGUAGCCUAUGUGGAACUGGGGCAGAUUUUAACAGAGGGGGGAAAAAAAAGACUUUGGCUGAAUUUAAACUUGGGUCGCGACAGGCUGCAGCCUCCUCUGGUCGGGUUUUGCGGUGUGUGGAUGGUGCGCUCUGCCCCGCUGGAGCGCCCGUAGGUUCCCCGGCAGACAGACCCGACGGCAGGCGGACAGCAGCCCCAGCAGAACCUCGACAGGACUCGGACAGAGCAACAUGUUUCAAGCGUGCCGGGCAUUCGUUUUCCAGUCCGGCCGGGUUUGGACCAUGUUUGACGGCUCCGGGAACAGACGGAUGUGGCGCGCCACAUGGAUCUUAUUUUUUUCCUUCUUCAUCCACUGCACAAGAGCUCAAGAUGACGUGCCGCCGUACUUCAAGACGGAGCCGGUGCGCAGCCAGCUCCAUCUGGAGCGCAACAGGCUGGUGCUGACCUGCAUGGCCGAGGGCAGCUGGCCGCUGGAGUUCAAGUGGAUCCACAACAGCACCGAGCUCACCCGCUUCUCCCUGGAGUACAGGUACCUGAUCCCCUCCCUGGACCGCUCCCACGCCGGUUUCUACCGCUGCAUCGUCAGGAACCGGGUCGGAGCCUUACUGCAGAGAAGGACCGAGGUGCAGGUGGCCUUUAUGGGCAGUUUUGAAGAGGGUGAACGAACCCAGUCGGUCUCACAGGGGGAGGGCGCAGUUGUCCCGGCGCCCCGCAUCCGCAGCUUCCCGCAGCCCCAGGUCACCUGGUUCCGAGACGGGCGGAAGAUCCCACCCAGCAGCCGCAUUGCCAUCACUCUCGACAACACGCUGGUUAUCCUGUCCACGGUGGCACCCGACGCCGGGCGCUACUACGUCCAGGCCGUGAAUGACAAGAACGGAGAGAACAAGACCAGCCAGCCCAUCACCCUGUCUGUGGAAAAUGUGGGAGGUCCCGCAGACCCCAUCGCCCCGACCAUCAUCAUCCCUCCCAGGAACACCAGCGUCGUCACCGGCACCUCCGAGGUCACCAUGGAGUGUGUGGCCAACGCCAGACCUCUCAUCAAGCUGAGUAUCUCAUGGCGUAAGAACGGCGUGUUGGUGACCAGCGGUCUCAGCGACUACAACCGGAGGCUGACCAUCCUCAGCCCCGUGGUGAGCGAUGCCGGCUACUAUGAGUGUGAGGCCGUUCUCCGCAGCAGCAGCGUGCCCUCGGUCAGCGCCGGGGCCUACCUACAUGUCCUGGAGCCACCACAGUUUCUGAAGGAACCAGAGAAGCACAUUACUGCCGAGAUGGAGAAGGUGGUGGAUAUCCCGUGUCAGGCACGAGGAGUGCCCCAGCCAGACAUCGUGUGGUACAAGGAUGCGGUGCCCAUUAGCCCGGUGAAGACACCCCGGUACAGGGUGCUGGUGGGAGGCAGCCUGCAGGUCAACGGCCUUCUGCCCGACGACACCGGCAUGUUCCAGUGUUUUGCCCGCAACCUGGCAGGAGAAGUCCAGACCAACACCUACCUGGCUGUCACAAGCAUCGCCCCGAAUAUCACAGCCGGACCCUCCGACAGCACUGUGAUCGACGGCAUGUCAGUCAUCCUGCACUGUGAGACCUCAGGCGCUCCGAGACCAGCUAUCACCUGGCAGAAAGGUGAGCGUGUGUUGGCCAGUGGCUCGGUGCAGCUGCCCAGGUUUACCCUGCUGGAGUCGGGCAGCCUCCUCAUCUCGCCCUCCCACAUCUCAGACGCCGGCACCUACACCUGCAUGGCCAGCAACUCCCGAGGCAUCGACGAGGCCUCCGCCGACCUGGUGGUCUGGGCCCGCACUCGGAUCACCACCCCUCCCCAGGACCAGAGUGUCAUCAAAGGAACGAAGGCUGUUUUGACUUGUGGAGUCACCCAUGACCCCAGUGUCACUGUCAGGCACGUCUGGGAGAAGGAGGGCUCUUUGAUCAACGCCCAGUCCAUCCCCCGCAUGCGGCUCGACGCCGACGGCACCCUGCACAUCUCCCAGACCUGGUCGGGUGACAUCGGGACGUACACGUGUCGAGUCACCUCCGUCGGCGGCAACGACUCCCGCAGCGCGCACCUUCGCGUCAGGCAGCUGCCCCAUGCCCCGGAGAACCCCACGGCGGUGCUGAGCACAUCAGAGAAGAGAGCCAUCAACCUGACCUGGGCCAAGCCUUUUGACGGCAACAGUCCCCUCAUACGCUACAUCCUGGAAGUCUCCGAGAACAACGCACCCUGGGCUAUCCUGCUGGCCAACAUCGAGCCGGAGUCCACAGCAGUGACGGUCAACGGCUUGAUCCCUGCCCGCUCCUAUCAGUUCCGCCUCUGUGCCGUUAAUGAUGUGGGCAAGGGACAGUUCAGCAAGGAGACCGACCGAGUUUCCCUCCCAGAGGAGCCCCCCAGUGCCCCCCCUCAGAACGUCAUUGCCAGUGGUCGAACCAACCAGUCCAUCAUGAUCCAGUGGCAGCCUCCGCCGGAGAGCCACCAGAACGGCAUCCUGAGGGGCUACAGCGUCCGGUACCGUCUGACAGGGCUGCCUGUGGACUACCAAUCCAAGAAUAUUUCCAACCCGGACGUGACCAACCUACUCCUGGAGGACCUCAUCAUCUGGACCAACUAUGAGAUCGAGGUGGCUGCCUACAACGGGGCAGGUCUGGGCAUCUUCAGCCACAAAGUGACGGAGUGGACGCUGCAAGGAGUACCCACCAUCGCCCCCGGCAACGUCCAGGCCGAGGCGGUUAACUCGACGACCAUCCGUUUUACCUGGACGGCCCCUAACCCUCAGUUCAUCAACGGCAUCAACCAGGGCUACAAGCUGCUGGCCUGGGAGCCGGGACGUGAAGAGGAGGUUUCCAUGGUAACGGUGCGACCGAACUUCCAGGACAGCGUUCACGUGGGCUACGUGUCCGGUCUGAAGAAGUUCACCGAGUACUACAUGUCGGUGCUGUGUUUCACCACGCCGGGGGACGGGCCUCGCAGCCCACCCAGAGGCCUCAGGACGCACGAGGACACCCCCGGCGCCGUGGGUCACCUGAGUUUCACCGAGAUCCUGGACACCUCGCUCAAAGUCAGCUGGAGGGAGCCGAGCGAGAAGAACGGAGUCCUCACAGGCUACCGUAUCUCCUGGGAGGAGUACAACCGGACCAACACCAGGGUGACCCACUACCUGCCGAAUGUCACCUUGGAGUACAGGGUGACCGGGCUCACCGCUCUCACCACGUACACCAUCGAGGUGGCGGGCAUGACCUCAAAAGGCCAGGGCCAGCUGUCCUCCUCCACCAUUUCCUCCGGCGUCCCACCAGAGCUUCCUGGCCCUCCAACCAACAUAGCCAUCUCCAACAUUGGCCCACGCUCUGUCACCCUGCAGUUCAAGCCCGGCUAUGAUGGCAAGACAUCUAUCUCUCGUUGGCAGGUGGAGGCCCAGGUGGGUGCGAUAGGCGAAAAUGAGGACUGGGUGAUGGUUCACCAGUUGUCCAACGAGCCUGAGGCCCGCUCCUUGGAAGUGCCAGGGCUCAACCCGUACACCUUCUACAGGUUCCGCAUGCGUCAGGUGAACAUUGUGGGCACCAGUCCUCCCAGCCAGCCCUCCAGGAAGAUCCAGACCCUGCAGGCUCCUCCGGACAUGGCACCCGCCAACGUCACCCUGCGCACCGCCAGCGAGACCAGCCUCUGGCUGCGAUGGGUGCCUCUGCCAGAAUGGGAGUACAACGGUAACCCGGAGCUGGUGGGCUACAGGGUGCAGUACUCCCGUACGGGCUCGCAGGGCCGGGCGCUGACCCACGUCAUCGCCGACCGCCUGGAGAGAGAGUUCACCAUCGAGGACCUGGAAGAGUGGACGGAGUACGAGGUCAGAGUCCAGGCCAUCAACGGCAUCGGGAUGGGACCUUGGAGCCAGCCGGUCAGAGGGAGGACCAGGGAGUCUGUUCCUUCCUGUGGGCCCGCCAAUGUCUCAGCCUUCGCCACCACCUCCAGCAGUAUCCUGGUGCGAUGGUUUGAAGUCCCCGAGCCAGACAGAAACGGUCUAAUUUUGGGCUACAAGGUGGUGUACAAAGAGAAGGACUCAGACAGUGCAGUCCAGUUCUGGACCGUGGAGGGGAACGCCAGCCACAGUGUCCAGUUGACUGGCCUGGGGAAAUACGUGCUGUACGAGAUCCAGGUCCUGGCCUUCACGCGAAUCGGAGACGGACGGCCCAGUACUCCUCCUAUUCUGGAGAGGACUCUGGACGAUGUGCCGGGACCUCCAGUUGGCAUCCUGUUUCCUGAGGUGCGGACCACCUCAGUCCGGCUUAUUUGGCAGUCCCCCUCCCAGCCCAACGGCAUCAUCCUCGCCUAUCAGAUCACGUACCGCCUCAACUCCACCAAUAGCAACACAGCCACGGUGGACGUGCUGAACCCCAGCGCUCGCCAGUACACGGUGACCGGCCUCAAGCCCGAGUCGGUCUACGUGUUCCGCAUCACGGCCCAGACGCGGAAGGGCUGGGGCGAGGCCGCAGAGGCGCUGGUGGUCACCACUGAGAAAAGAGCUCGCCCCCAGCCCACCAGCCGUCCCACGGUGCCUCAGGAGGAGGUCCAGGCCCGCCGGGUCUUGCUGUCAUGGGAGCCGGGCAGCGACGGCCUGUCCCCCGUGCGUUACUACACGGUCCAGCUCCGAGAGCUUCCUGACAGCAACUGGACGGUCCACUCUGCUUCUGUCAACCACGAGGCCAGCUCUUACAUCGUGGACAGGCUGAAGCCCUUCACCUCUUACCAGUUCAGAGUGAAGGCCACUAAUGACAUUGGGGACAGUGAAUACAGCAGGGAAAGUGAAGCCAUCACCACUCUGCAGGACGCGCCCGACGAAGCGCCCACCAUUCUCUCCGUCACGCCGCACACAACGACGUCGGUGCUGAUCCGCUGGCAGUCCCCCUCCGAGGAGAAGAUUAAUGGAAUCCUUCUGGGCUUUCGGAUCCGAUACCGGGAGCUCCUGUACGACCGUCUCCGUAGUUACUCCGUCCGCACCAUCAACAGUCCCUCCACCGCCUGGGCCGAGCUCACCGCCCCCUACAGCAUACGGAAUCUGAGCGAUUCAACUCUGACCCAGUACGAGCUGGACAAGCUGAGCAAACACAAGCGCUAUGAGAUACGCAUGAGUGUGUAUAAUGCGGUGGGCGAGGGGCCAACGAGCGCACCGCAGGAGGUGUUUGUGGGAGAGGCAGUGCCAACAGCACCGCCUCAGAAUGUAGCCAUUCAGUCAGCAACAGCCACCCAGCUGGAUGUGACAUGGGACCCUCCCCCUGUGGAUGCUCAGAAUGGAGACAUCCAAGGCUACAAGGUUUACUUCUGGGAGUUCCAGCGUAAGAACGAGACCGAGAGGCUGCGGACCCUCUUCAUGCCUGAGGGAGGGGUCAAGCUGAAGAACCUGACCGGUUACACCACCUACAUGAUCAGCGUGGCGCCCUUCAACGCAGCUGGGGACGGACCCCGCAGCCCCCCAACAAGGGGACGCACUCAGCAAGCUGCCCCCAGUGCUCCCAGCUUCAUCCACUUCAGUGAACUGACCACCACCUCAGUCAAUGUGUCCUGGGGCGAGCCCACCUUCCCUAAUGGCAUCAUUGACGGCUACCGUCUGGUCUAUGAGCCCUGCACCCCUGUAGACGAGUCUUCAGUGGCCUGUGCCGACUGUCUUCACUCCCCCUCCCCCCCAGGCGUCAGUAAGAUAGUGACCGUGGACGUGAAGGGGAGCGGGCCCCUCUGGAUGAAGAUCAAGGACCUGGCCGACGGUGUCACCUACAACUUCCGCAUCCGGGCCAAGACCUUCAUCUACGGGCCCGAGGUGGAGGCUAACAUCACCGCCGGCCCAGGGGAAGGAGCCCCGGGCCCCCCUGGAGAGCCCUUUAUCACACGCUAUGGUUCAGCCCUGACCAUCCACUGGGCCAGUGGAGAUCCGGGACGCUCCCCCAUCACACGCUACGUGAUCGAGGCCAGACCUUCAGAUGAGGGCUUGUGGGAUAUCCUGAUCAAGGACAUCCCCAAGGAAGUGACAUCACACACAUUCAACAUGGAUAUACUAAAGCAGGGGGUCAGUUAUGACUUCCGGGUCAUUGGGGUGAACGACUACGGCUAUGGCUCUCCAAGUCUGCCUUCUCCUUCUAUAUCUGCCCAAAAGGUGGCGCCUUUCUAUGAGGAGUGGUGGUUCCUGGUGGUUGUGGCUCUGGUGGGACUCAUCUUCAUCCUGCUGCUAGUUUUUAUCCUCAUUAUCAGAGGACAGAGCAAGAAGUACGCCAAAAAGUCUGAAUCAGUGUCUCUCUAUAUGUGUCCAGGUAACAACUCCAACUGUAAUGCCCUGACUCACGGAGACAUGGUCAGUCUGGAUGAGGGGCGUUUCCCUGCCCUGGAGCUCAACAACAGACGCCUGUCCGUCAAAAACUCCUUCUGUCGGAAGAACGGUGUCUACACCAGGUCACCUCCCCGACCCAGUCCAGGCAGUCUCCACUAUUCAGACGAGGACGUCAGCACCAAGUACAAUGACCUGAUUCCUGCAGAGAGCAGCAGCCUGACUGAGAAACCCUCCGAGAUCUCAGACUCCCAGGGCAGUGACAGCGAGUACGAGGUGGACCCCGCCCGGCAGAAGACCCACUCCUUCGUCAACCACUACAUAAGUGACCCCACGUACUACAACUCCUGGCGCCGCCAGCAGAAGGGCAUCUCCCGGGCGCAGGCCUACAGCUACACGGAGUCGGAGUCGGGCGACCCAGAGCACUGUGCCCCACCUCCCCUGCCCCCUCUGCCCCCGCUGCCGCCCCAGCUCAGCUCCCCCAGCCCCCAGCCUCAGCAGCCGCAGGGCCAAGGCAGCCUGUUCAGGCCCAAAGGAAGCCGGACUCCCACCCCCUCCCAGCAGAGCUCCAACCCCCCCAGCCAGCACAGCACCCUCUACAGGCCCCCCAGCAGCCUAGCCCCUGGCUCGCGGGCCCCCAUCGCUGGCUUCUCCUCCUUUGUGUGAAAAAUGUUGGAAGAGGACAUAAAAAUUUCUGGAAAAUAUCUGCGUGUUGAAAGAGAAAAUGAGACUGCAUAAUAUGCAGUCAACCCAAACUAGUCAGUCAUGUCUUCGUUUCUUUUCAUGAUUGUUAUUUUUUGUUUGUUUGGUUUUGGCUUUUUUUCUGUAAGGUUUUGUUUCAGGGUUAUUGUGUAUACAUUCAAGAUAAAAGUAUACUUUUUGUAGUACUUUUAUCCUCUAAUGUGUGUGUGCGUGUGUGUGUCUGUGUAGACUUUUAUUUCUCUCACCAGUUACUGUGAUGGCAUUGAUUGCAUUCUUUCACUUUUUCUUUGCUGUCUGAGCAGUUUGCAUGAUUUUUUUUUUUUAUCAUUUACUUCAUCUUUUUUUUUUUUUUGCUUUGUUAUACUUCUUACACACAUUCAAAAAGUUAAGAAUCCCUUUGAUUCUGUACAAAGUCACAAGAAUCUUUGAAAACAUAUAAAUAUCUAUCUAUAUAUAGCUAUAUAUAUACCUAGAUGACAAAAUGGAGCUGAUCCAGACUCAGCUCUCCAGUGAAUGCAUAGAUGGGAGACUGAUAUAUUAACAUGAUGGAGCUUUAUUGUGGAAGUGAAAGGACAAGUGUUUGUUUGGGCAGAUGGAUAGCUAAACUGGAUGUACAAAGGAAGCGACGGGAAGACAGACAUUGGAUGCAAACUUAUUUCACUAUGUUGGCCUGCCUCAGCUGGUUAAGAGACAUUUCAGGGGACACUGGAGAAACAAUCACUCAUUUCCAUGGAAACAAUUCACCGGCCAACAGCGCACAAACACACAGUGGAGUCGGACAGCAUUUGGGCCCAGCAGGUUGAAUGUCAGUGCCUCUGCGCUGUGCCUGAAGGAUCCCGAGGAGAUGCGAAACGAAGUGUAUAUCUGUGACCGUGUCUAAGUCUUUUUGUGAGUGUGUUACAGUGGAUCAGAGAUGCCUUGAUAGUGGAACGUAUAUAUUUAUGAAAUCUGGCACACUGUUUGUGACAAAACUGCUGAUGCUUCUCCGUGACGGUGGCAUCACAACGGCCGGCCUGGCGUUAAGAGAGCCUUCUUUUAUUCCGGACAAAUAUGGGCUGUGAAUUCAUUUGCAUAUACCACCCAUAUUUUUUUCACCCUUCGCUGUUUCCAAAUACACAAACCCACACAUACACACACACACAUGCACACACACACACAUCCCUCUCACUUUGCACAUGUCUACUGAAUCGGUGACAUCACGCUUUGAAAUCCAACUAAAGAGAAGUCAAAACAAGCUGCAUCUGAAGUGGUGUGGGGCUGUCACAUGCGGGCACAGCUGCUGGCUCUGCUCAAAUGUAUGAGGGCCCUUUUGAUAAGAAACAGAAGAUUUUUUUUUUUUUUUUUCCCUUGAUGGUUAACUGUUCCCUGUCACUGAUCACCAUCACGGGGCAGUGUUGAGCCAGCGCCAAGAGAUGAUGUCAUGGAAUUGCCUCACCUCUCCCCUUGUGUAACAAACCGCUCUGCACAAUGCAGGUGUAACUGUACUUUCCCAAAUACGAGACUGUAGAAUGGGUGUGUGCGCGCGUGUGUAUGUGCGAGCGACCGCGUGUAUGUGACGUGUGCGAUUACACUUUGUCUGCGUAAGCUUUACAGAGCGUUCACUGUGUGUCUGGAUAUACAGAGACAGUCCUGCAGCAACCUUGCCUGGGAAAAAAAACGCCAAACGGGAGCUUGGCGCUUUCCUGCAACCCUGUAAGGCACACUCAUAAUGCUAUAGUGAAGACUCAGUGGUGUAUUCCCAGUUUUCAUAGUUCCAAAAAAAAAAAAAAAGAAAAAAAAAUCUCAUCUGCUUUUUUCUCUGUGGGGUGAUUUCACUGUACGCAAAAAAGAGCUUAUCAUGCAGAAUCUGAGUGAAUAUAUGAUCACAGUACAUUUCCAAAAUAAAUUAUUUUUCAAUGGCAAA